AUGUUCAUUAAGGUCACCUUCCUUUUCGUCGUAGCAAGCUGCAUAUAUUCAGCACAAGGUACCCCCAUUCCCGGUAUCGGCUUCGGAAACAACUUCGGCCAGUUCGGUAACUUCGGCGCUAACGCCCAAGAGAACUUCAGCCAAUCCCAAAUGAACGCCGAAUCUUCGAGCUCAUCAAGCAGCUCCAGCAUUUCAAACGCCGCCGACUUUCAAGUAGGUGGCUUCGGAGGUGCCGCUGGAGGUUUUGGACAAGGAUUCGGCUCCGGCAUCGGACUUCAAGGUGGUGGCUUUAAUGCCGGAGGUUUCGGUGCCAGUGAAAAAUUUCAGGCGUCGCAAAUGAACUCGCAACAGCACAGUUUCGAGAGUAGCAGCAGCAGCAGCGGUUCCCAGUCCAUAGGCGCUGGUCAAUCAUUCGGACAGUUUGGACAAUUAGGAGGUGGUUUUGGUUUCUAA